CCUUUAUAUUGCUUGCAAGAAUAAUGUAUCAUUGUGUCGGUGUGAAAUAAAGAAAAAAAGUGUGAAUUUUUUUAUAUUUUGUGUGGCUUAAAAGAAAAAUUUAAUUAUUUCGUUAAAAAUCAUUGAAAAAUUACACAAAUUUGUGAAAUUCAUUGAGACGAAUAUGCGGGUUAGCAGGAUUUUAUGAAAUUCUAAAGCUAAAUGCUAGAAAUAAGGCGAAAAAAUGCAUUUAAAAUUUCACCUGACACAAAUUGCUGAAGACAACGCCGUGCGGCGGUAAAUUUUUUUCCAUUUUUUUUUUUAUUGUUAACCAUUUCAUACGUUUUUUGUGUGUGUUUUUUUUCCUUCUUUGAUAUUGCUCGCUCGCUGUCUCUCUCGCUCACACUACUUCGUACGCGACCCUUCCCCCAAACAACCAACAACAAAAAAAAAAACACUAAUAACAACAACAACAGCACUUUGGUACUGAUUGUAUGUAAAGUUUGUGUGUGACGUUCUUUUGUGUUUUAGUUGAAAACGAAAAAAAAGAAAAAUUAAAAAGAAAUUUGUUAAUGCCACAAAAAGUAAAGAGAAAAAACCUAAGAAAUUAAAUAAAUAAAUAACCACAAGAAAUAAAUAAGCCUUAAAACGAAAAAUUAUAUAGAUAAAUAUUGAAAAAAAGCAAAAAAACAUACAACAAAUAAAAUAGCAAAAGCAAAGUUGUGGAUGAAAAAAAGAAGAGGAAAAGAAGAAAAGUAUCAAACGACGACGACGUCGCCCAUAAAAAAAUGUGUGUGUUUGUGAAUUUUUAAAAGAAAAAUAAUGAAAUAUUAAAUUACAAAUAAAAAUACAUAAUAAAAUUUCUAUAGAAAAUUAAACAAAGCAACAAGAAUUUAAGUAUAAUCAAACACAAAACAAACAAAGUAAUAAAAAUAUAUAAAAAAAAGAAAGUGCUAAAGAAAAUAUUUGUAAAGCAAAUAAAUUAAAGUGAACUGUUUUUCUUUUUUAUUAUUUUUUCAUGUUUUUAUGAGAAAAAAAAAACAACAAAAUUUUAAAGUAGAAAAACACAAAAAAGUGGAAAAAGAAGAAGCUUAUGAAAGAAAAAAAAGAAGAGUAAGCAAAGCAAUGUUUUUGUUGCCUUUGAGCUGGUGCUGCUGCUAAAUCAGCGUCUACGGCUACUGCUCUGCUUUGUGGAACGCGCACGCAGUUCAUUGGCAAUUAUUAUUUAGCCUACACUCAACAAAAAAUUGUAAUUCAGCUAAACAAAUUUUACUAAUUUUAUUGUUAUUAGUGUAAAUCUGCCUCAACUUUCAUCAUCAUCAUUAUCAUUGAUAUCUUCAUUAUCAUCAUUGCCCUCAACUUUAACUUCAUUAUUAAUUAAAAUUGUGUAGUUGCUGUUAUUGUAGAAAUAAGAUGGUGUCUAAAGAAUGUGUUAAAUCGUGUUAACGUCAUUUUAUUACAACUCUCUAGCUUUGUGUUUUUUGUUAUUGUAUUUUUAACAGGAUACAAAACAACAAACAACAAUAACAUUAUUAUUAUUAUUAACAAAAACAUCACAAAGCUAUAAAAGAAACAACAACAACAAAAAUUCCCCUACAUUCGAAGAGAAUUUUUAGAAUUUCCCUCAUUAUUCCUUUGGAAUCCAGCAAAAACUUAACAAUUUCUUUCAAAAUUGUAAAAUAAAUCAACAUACUUUGGAUUAUAUUAAUAAAAUUGCUACAAAAAAAUAUCUCUUAGCCAAAACUUAAAACUAAUACGGAACGAAUUUAUAUAAAACAAAAAAUUACAAAAUGAAACUUUUGUAAAACAAUAUAUAAAAACAACAACAACAACAAAAUAUUUUUGUUAAAACAACAAAAAAUAAAAAAAACAUUUAUGUCCUUAAAUUAAGAAGAAAACAAAAAUACAACAUAACGAAAGAAAUAACAAGAACAAAACGAAUACAUAAACUUACAUGUUGUUCUCAAUAAGUAUACCAAAUUGACAACAAGAAAAGUUUAUAAAAUGUUUCGUUGUCAUUUAAAUUUUGUGGCGUUAAUUUUGAAUGUGAAAAAUUUACAAACUUCUAGUACUACAGCUACUACUACUUGUCUUGAAAAAAUACCCAACCACAGCAACAAUAUAAUUUUCUAAGAAAAAACAUAAAAAUAAAAUACAACCAAGAAACCACUAAAAAAAUUUAAAGCAAAACACCAAAUUAAGCAAGAAAUAAAGUGUAAAAUUAAACCUCCAAUUAAAAAGUUUUUUUUUUUUUGAAAAAAAAAACAAGACUUUAAAUAUAAAAAUUCUCCAAGUGUUCAUUCUUAAGAUCAAAUUUAAGUAAAAAUACUAAAAAUAGCCAAGAAAAAAAAACGAAUAUAAAAAAAAAAUUUAUUUCAAACUUUAAACAGAUUUCUUACGAAAUUUACGUCAAAGCUGGAAACAAAAAAUAAAAUUCCUUUAGAAAUUUAUUUAAAUCUAAAUAAAUAAAUUUCUAAAUUGUGGUUUUAAAUCGAGAAACCAAUCAACUCCCCCCGUAGCGAAACCAAUAAAACUAUUUAUAUGUAUAGAUUAGAGGAUACCAGCGGAGCCGCAAUGGAUAAGGCUAAACAAAAAUUGUCUGCAGCUUAUGUAUCCAGUGCGGCAGCUGCCGUUGAGGCUGGCAGUGGUGGUGGACGUCAGCGUCAUGCUCCACUCUAUGGCCGUUUUGUAGGUGAAGAAGAGCUUCCUGCUACACAUCGCGAUGUUAUGCAUCAUCGAUCUAGUCCAACGUCUUCAUCAGAGGUGCGCGCCAUGCAAGCACGUAUACCAACACAUUUUCGUGAUCCCGCAACGGCGCCGUUAAGAAAAUUAAGUGUGGAUUUAAUCAAGACCUACAAGCAUAUAAAUGAGGUAUAUUAUGCAAAAAAGAAACGUCGUGCCCAACAGACCCAAGGCGAAGAUGAUUCCUCCAAUAAAAAGGAACGCAAAUUAUAUAAUGAUGGCUAUGAUGAUGAUAAUCAUGAUUAUAUUAUAAAGCAUGGUGAAAGAUUUUUGGAUCGUUAUGAAAUUGAUUCAUUGAUAGGUAAAGGUAGUUUUGGACAAGUGGUCAAGGCUUAUGAUCAUGAAGAGCAAGGUUAUGUAGCAAUAAAGAUAAUUAAGAAUAAGAAACCGUUCCUAAAUCAGGCACAAAUUGAGGUUAAACUAUUGGAAAUGAUGAAUCGUGCAGAUGCAGAAAAUAAAUAUUAUAUCGUUAAACUUAAACGGCAUUUUAUGUGGCGCAAUCAUUUAUGUUUAGUAUUUGAAUUAUUAUCCUAUAAUUUAUAUGAUUUAUUACGUAAUACAAAUUUUCGUGGUGUCUCAUUGAAUUUAACACGAAAAUUUGCUCAACAGCUAUGCACUGCUUUGCUCUUCUUGAGUACUCCCGAACUGAAUAUAAUCCACUGUGAUCUAAAACCCGAAAAUAUAUUACUUUGUAAUCCCAAAAGAUCAGCCAUAAAAAUUGUUGAUUUUGGCAGUUCAUGUCAAUUGGGUCAAAGGAUAUACCAAUAUAUACAAUCACGUUUCUAUCGUUCACCGGAAGUUUUAUUAGGCAUACCUUAUGAUUUGGCCAUUGAUAUGUGGUCUUUGGGUUGUAUUUUAGUGGAAAUGCAUACCGGCGAACCUUUAUUCUCCGGCUGCAAUGAAGUCGAUCAAAUGAAUAAAAUCGUUGAGGUUUUGGGUAUGCCGCCCAAAUAUUUGCUCGAUCAAGCGCACAAGACUCGUAAAUUUUUCGAUAAAAUUGUCUCAGAUGGUUCGUAUGUUUUGAAGAAGAGUCAAAAUGGUCGUAAAUACAAACCGCCUGGAUCCCGCAAACUGCACGACAUCUUGGGCGUGGAGACGGGUGGGCCGGGCGGCCGGCGUAUGGAUGAGCCGGGUCAUUCGGUGGCGGAUUAUUUGAAAUUCAAAGACUUAAUAUUACGAAUGUUGGAUUUUGAUCCGAAGACGCGUGUCACACCGUAUUAUGCGUUGCAGCAUAAUUUCUUUAAGCGUACCACGGACGAGGGUACCAAUACGGGUGCUGGUACGGUACAAACUGGUAGUAUAGCAAUAUCUUCGCCUUCCGUUAGUUCAACAUCAUCAUCGACGGCCGCCUUAGUGCCGGGCGGUCAAAUGGUACCGGUCAGUGCGGUGCAACAUUCAGAACAACAGAGUCAUGGCCUUUUAAUGCAUCCCACAAGCCAACAGCCCAGCAGUUUAAAUAGUUUAGGGCCAGCAGCCAACGCAAAUCUAAUGCGUUCAGCACGUGGCGGCGGUGCAGUGGGACCACAAAACUUCGAACAAAACAGUAUGAUGAUGAAAUCGCUCUACGAACAACAACAGCAACAGCAGCAACAAAUGUUGGCGGCGCAACAGUCUUUGCAGGGUUUACUAUCGCCCGGCUCGAAUAGCAGUUGCAGCAGUACCACCACCCAGCAGCCAUGCAACAACAGUGAUAGUAAUAAUUAUCCUUUGGCCAUGGACUGUGAUCCACCAUUGGUUACAACACAACAGAUGAGACCACCACCGCCUCCCCUACAAAUGCAACAUGCAACAAAUGUACGUUUUGGGAUUAAUAGCAACUCACAGCAGCAGCAACAGAUGAGACCACCACCGCCGCCUCUACAGCUGCAUACGGAUGUGAGUUUUGCUAGUAAUAGCUGCUCACAACAACAACAAAUGCCACCACCACCGCCUCCUCUACAGUUGCAGCAUCAUAGCUCUUCAUUGCAGGGAGCUGGGGUAUCCUCCACUACCUCGGGUAGCACGGGCUCAUUGAAUUCCUCACGCAUAAGGCAAAAUUCGGGCAGUGGCGGAGGCUUUAAUCCUUUGCAAACAGCUAAACAGCAAUUGCCCUCAUCAGGCUCGGCGGGUGUGGGUGUUUCACAUCAUCACAACUAUGCGCCGGCUUCAUUGCCGUCUGACUUUGCUCAUCAUCCGCUGUCGGCGGCUGCCUCGCAUCUAAUGAUGACCGAUUCAAGUGUUAUAACUGCCUCCACAGCUGGCUCUAAUGCCGGACCUGCCUCGUUUACAGCCUGGCCCUCGGUGGCAGCACCCAAUCAUGUCUUUGGCAUGCCACCACCACCGCCACCCGCCCACAUGCUAGCCGGCGUAAGUAUGAAUGAUAUGCAGCAGCAGCAUCAGCAACAACAACAGCAUCAAUUACAACAUUCACAAAGGCGUGGCCUGCCCGGCUCCUCUAACAAUAGCUCGAAUUCGUCUGGUAAUAACAGUGGUUCUGGCAGUGGAGAUGCCUCUUCGCCCAUGGUAGGCGUUUGUGUUCAACAAAGUCCUGUAGUUAUUCAUUAGGUUCUUUACUGUCUUUCUUUCCUUCAUUGCUAUUAAGAAAAAUAAUUUUGAAAACUCUAAUGAGAGUUUAGAUUCAUUUCUCUUCCACUCUUCGUUUAUAAUUAUUGCUCUACUACUGCUGUUUAUUACAUUAAAUAAAUAUUUUUAUAUAUUUAAAUAUUUAAAUAUAAAUUUUUUAUUAUAAUUUAUAAUUAAAAUAUUAUUAUUAUUAUUAUACAUUACACUCUACUGCAUACAUAAAUAUUUUAAUUUGUUUAAUUCUCUUCUCUUUUUUGUUUUUCUUUCUUAAAUUUAACUAUUUUGUUGUUUAAUGCAGAGAGAAAAAUCUAAUUAUUAAUAAUACAAUAUUAUAGACAUUAUAUAUAACAAACAUAUAAGAUAAAUUAACUAAAUACAUAAAAUUAAUUAAUUAUUUUCAAACAUAUAUACCUAUUUUAGUAUAUAUGUUUAGUUUGAUUUAAUUUAAACCAACAAAAUAUAAUUUCAAAUUAUUAAUUUAAAUAGAGAGAAAGAAAAACACAAACAAAGCUGCUUUAAAACAAAUUUUGGUUAUAAAUUUUAAUAGUUUUUUAAAAAAAAAGAAAAACAGCAAAUUUGUCUUAAAUAUUUUAGUUUUUCUGGCAAUUUUAAUUAAAGCUAAUUUUCAAAUUUUGCUAAACAAAAAGUGUGCGAUAUUUUGCUGUUAAAUAAAAAGUCUUUCAUUAUCUUUAAAUUUAAAAAAAAAAACAAUCCAAAUUUUAAGCUCUUGAGAUAUAGGGUAACAUAGAGACUGUCUGUCGUCAAAAACCUAACUCUUGCAUCAGACAUAUGAUUUGUUGCAUUUUUGUUUGACAAAUCGUAGUGGCUCGUCUCUAUGUAUAAUUCUCUAUGUAUAUGAGAAGCUAGAAAGUAAAAUCAUUUGUCAAAAUAUUUAUGCUUGUAGCUAAAUUCUGUAAAAAAAAAUUUGAGGUUAAGUUGAAUAAAUUUUUUCUAGAAUGUCAAUAUAAUCUUAAUAUUGAUUUAAAUAGAGAGAAAGAAAAAAACAAAGCUGCUUUAAAACAAAUUUUGUUUAUAAAUUUUAAUAGUUUUUAAAAAAAGAAAAACAGCAAAUUUGUCUUAAAUAUUUUAGUUUUUCUGGCAAUUUUAAAAGUGUCUUAAUUAAAGCUAAUUUUUAAAUUUUGCUAAACAAAAAUUGAGGAAUAUUUGGUCUGUAAAAGCUUUUAAAUUUUAAAAAAACUCUAAAUUUUAAACUCUUCAGAUAUAGGGUAACAUAGAGACUAGAGAAGUAAUUGUUAAAUACCUAAAAACCUAACUCUUGCAUCAUACAUAUGAUUUGUUGCAUUUUUGUUUGAUAAAUUGUACUGUCUCGCCUCUAUGUAUAAUUCUCUAUGUAUAUGAGAAGCUAGAAAGUAAAAUCAUUUGUCAAAAUAUUUCUGUUUGUAGCAAAAUUAAGUUUAUAUUGACAUUCUGGAACAAAAUUUUGAGGUUAAGUUGAAUAAAUUUCUAGAACACAAUAGAAUUACUAAAGAAAAUCUUUCUAAUAGCAAAACUUUAUUAAACAUAAACUCUUGAGAAUACAAAAAGCUAAACGAAUUUGGCAAAAACAGCCUUUAUUAAACAAAUUCAUUCUGGAAAAAAAUUUUGAGGUUAAGUUGAAUAGAAAUAUUAAAAAAAUCUUUCUGUUUGACAAAUCGUAGUGUCUCGUCUCUAUGUAUAAUUAUCUAUAUCUAUAGAAGCUAGAAAAUAAAAUCAUUUGUCAAAAUAUUUCUGUUUGUAGCUAAAUUAAGAUUAUAUUGACAUUCUGGAAAAAAAAUUUGAGGUUAAGUUGAAUAAAUUUCUAGAAAAAAAUAGAAAUACUAAAUAAUAAUGAAACAGAAACUCUUGAGUAUACAAAAGGCUAAACGAAUUUGGCAAAAGAAGCCUUUAUUAAACAAAUUCAUUCUGGAAAAAAAAUGUUGAGCUUAAAUUGAAUAAAUUUCUAGAACACAAUAGAAAUAUUAAAAAAAAACUUUGUGUUUGACAAAUCGUAGUGUCUCGCCUCUAUGUAUAAUUCUCUAUAUCUAUAGAAGAUAGACAAUAAAAUCAUUUGUCAAAAUAUUUCUUUUUGUAGCUAAAUUAAGAUUAUAUUGACAUUCUGGAAAAAAAUUUUGAGGUUAAGUUGAAUGAAUUUCUAGAACACAAUAGAAAUACUAAAGAAAAUCUUUCUAAUAGCUAAACUUUAUGAAACAGAAACUCUUGAGAAUACAAAAAGCUAAACGAAUUUGGCAAAAGCAGUCAUUAUUAAACAAAUUCAUUCUGGAAAAAAUUUUGAGGUUAAGUUGAAUGAAUUUCUAGAACACAAUAGAAAUACUAAAGAAAAUCUUUCUAAUAGCAAAACUUUAUAAAACUAAAACUCUUGAGAUUACAAAAAGCUAAACGAAUUUGGCAAAAGCAGUCAUUAUUAAACAAAUUCAUUAGUUUUUGAGGUUAUAAAGAAAAUGGUUUAACAAAAUCCAUAAACUUCAAAUUUGUAAACAUCAUUUAUGUUAUAAAAUCAUUUAAACUGAAGAUAACCAUAAAAAUCUUAACAAAAUGUUUGCAAAACGGUUACUUAUACAAAAUUUAAAUAAAUUUUGAAGUCCGCCUUUUAUAUAUUUGAGUAAUUGUUCGCCUUUGUGAGGAUAGUUUCUAAAUUUUGAGGUUAAAAAGAAUAAUUUUGAAUAAUAUCAAUAAAUCUCUAUUUUGUAAAUAUGUUUUGGCUUGUAAAAUCAUUUAAACUGAAGAUAACUAUAAAAAUCGUAUCUUAAAAGUUUGCAAAACUGUUUCCUAAACAUUUUUUUUAUAAAUUUUGAAGAUAGACUUAAAAAUUUUCAGAGUGAAUUCCCCAUUACUGUUUGUUAUACACAAGUUUGAAUACAUUUUGAAGACCCACCUUUGUAAACAUAUUUUCUAAUUUUUGAGAAUAUUUUCAAAGAAAAUUUCAACAAAAACUUAAAAUUAAAAAAUUUAAGGUUAAAUUGAAGACAUGCCUGAGAAAUGCUGGGUUAAUUUUACCAUUUCUGUUUAUUAAUUAAAACUUUUGAAGGCAAACGUUACCAGUUUUGAUUAAUUUCCCCCUUUGUAACCAUGUUUUGCCACAAUUUAUAAAGAAUAUUUCAACAAAAGCUAAAAAUUUAACAUUUCUAAUCAACUUUGAGGUUAAAUUGAAAGCAGACAUCAACCAUUUCUGUUUCUUGUAAUAAAUUUUAAAUACAGACCUGAAAUUUUUUGAUUAAUUUCCCCCUUUGUAAUCACAUUUUCUAAAUUUUGCCACAAUUUAUUAAGAAAAUUUCAACAAAAGCUAAAAACAUUAACAUUUCAAAUUGAUUUUGAGAUUAAAGUGAAAAAUAUAACAAAAAUUUGAGGUUAAAUUGAAGACAGGCAUCAACAUGUUUUCCCAUUUCUGAUUCUUACAACAAAUUUUAAUAAAUUAUGCAGACCAGAACAUUUUCUAAAUUUUUGCCACAAUGUAUUAAAAAAAUUUCAACAAAAGCUAAAAAUUUUAACAUUUCAAAUUGAUUUUGAAAUUAAAGUGACAAAUGUAACAAAAAUGUUAGGUUAAAUUAAAGGCAGACAUCAACAUGUUUGUGUAAUUUUUCCAUUUCUGUUUUUUUAUAAAAAAUUUUAGUACAUUCAGAAGCAUAUUUGCCACAAUUUAAAGUGAAAGCUAAUAACAAUUUUACAUUUCUAAUCAACUUUGAACAAAUUUUAAUAAAUAUUUUAUUUAUUUCCAUAUUUUCUAAAUUUAGCUAAUAUAAAGGGUCUUUCUUUAAGUGCUUCCUAUCUUUAAAUUUAAAUAUAACAAAGUGUGUGUGAGAUAUUAUCGACAUUUUUUAUUAGUUUGAAAGGCCUAUCUAUGGCAUUAUGUAUGGAAUAUAACAUGAUCAAAAUGUCCUCCAUGUUUUCGCUGGAUGGCGCUUAUCUGAAAUGUGAAAUCUUUCAUUAGUCUUUUGUAUAAAUCACGCAGAAUUUGAUCGCAGUCAUGGAUUAUGUUGACUUUCAGGGCCGCUGUGGUUUGUGUCUUAUUAGCAUAGUCAAAUCGUGGCCAGUUCACAACAACUCCACGUAAGAUGAUCAUGCCCUCGAAUCGCUCCUGCAGAAUGUGCAAUGUGGCAUUAGCUGGGUGGCACAAAGCGCCGUCCUAUUGAAACCACAUUUCGUUGGUGUCCAUAUCAUCCAAAUUCAGGCCAAAAGAAGUUGGUAAUCGCGAUGGCCUGGCCAAAGUCGUUCUCAAAGUAAUAUGACGCCGCCAGUUCAAAAUUCACACCAAACAGUGACUUUUAAGGGAUGCAUUGGACGCUCUUGGAUCUCAUGUGAACUGGUAUCGUCCUGUAUUCUUGACAGUCCAUAAAUUGGACUCAUCGCUGAAGCUGAUUUCAUAAUGAAAAUUAGGGUCAGUUGCCAGUUCAAUAGGUAGUUGUCUAGGGUCGUUUACCUUCACCUCCUAAGUCAGUCAAAUUUUGUACUGGUGCAGGCCCAAGCUAUGUACCUCCAAAACAAAUCGACAACCAAUUCGACAGAUGUAGCUUCAACAGUACGACCGCUAUUAACUGUCAAAGUUCGAAAGUCCCUAUUAGAAGACCAUUUAAAAGAAUUUUUAUAAAAAAAUUUUGUGAAAUAGGAUUUUAAAAUCCUUGAAACUGAAUAAAUGACAGCCAAUUAGACGUGUAGUUUUAACAACAUCAAAGAAAAGUUAAACAUAUUAAAUUUUUAAUAAAUUUUGAGGUUAAAGUGAAUCUUGAGGCUAAAAUGCCUAAAGUGAUUUUAAUUACAACAUUGUAUAAACAAUGACAGAUUUAUGGGUCGUUUAUGGAUAGCAAACACAGAAUUCUGGUUGCUAAUUUGACAUCAGAAAAUGAUAGCUGCCAGUUGCCAUCUGUAAUUCCAUUCUGUAAACUGACAAUGCAACUUUAGCUCGGUUGUCAUCCAUAAUAGACCCUAAAUCUAUAAUUGUUUAAAAAAUGUGGAUAUUUAAAAUCACUUUAGGCAAGAUUUGCCUUAAGUCUUUCAAUUUAACCUCAAAUUUUUUUUUGUUCAAGAUUCAUUUUAACCUCAAAAUUUAUUGAAAUUUUCAUAAUAAACAAAUAUGAACAAAAUGUUUAAGACAAUUUUCUAGUUUGAAAUAUGUAAAUUGAAAAAUAUUGGCCAAAUCUUUUUAAGUGCUGCUACACACAUGUCAAGAUUAGUUGCACACGUCUGGAGUUUGUAGAAGAUAGAGAAAAGGAGAUUGAAAAUAUUUUCAUCUCUCUUCUAUAAACUCAAGAAGACUUGCUCAAGUAAACUGGGUAUGAAUCUGCACUAAGCAAAAACCAUUUUGUAAAACUUUUCUUAGCUUUAAAAAAAAAUGUUUGAAAGGAUAUCUUCAAAGAAAUAUUCAAAAAAAAAAACUUUAACUAAAUUAUUGAAAAAGACAAAUUUGCUGUUUAAUUAUUUUAGCAAGGAAGUUCAACAAACGUUAAUAGGAGUAGCUUCCUAGCUGUAAUAACACUUUAAAUUUUCCACUUAUUGUAACAGUUACAUUUUAAUUUAAACGGUUUUCUAAUCCGUCCAUAGUUGUUUGCUAUUUUUUGUUAAACAAAUAUAAAACCAAAACAAUAAGAAAAAUACUAAAAAAAUGCAUUAAAUCUACUAAGAAAAAAGGAAAUUUCAAACUGAAAAGUUUUGAAUUUCGAAUCGAAUGCCCCCUAAGGCAUGAAAACAAUUUUCUUGCAAGUCUUUCAUCUUAGCAAUGGUUUCCUCAAUGCUUUUGUACAACCAACUAUCAAUCUCUAUAUAAAAUAACAAAAUUUUGUCUAAAAUUAAAUAAUCUUAACAUUAACAGCAGCUUAACAUUAUUAAAAACUAUAAAAACUAACUAAUAAUUAUAAUUUAUAUGAAAAUAUAUAAAUAAAAUAAACAAAAAAAGAAAAUAGAUGUAGAAAUUCUUAUAAAAACUAAAGUGCUACUUUUAAACUAAUUUUAAUUGAAAUAAAAACUAUAAUAUUUUAAAAUUUAAGUUUAAAUUUAAAAAAUAAAAUAAAACUAAAAUAUUUAACAAUAUUUAAUGACUCAAUAGUUUAUAUACAUACAUAUAAACAUAGAUAAAUACAACUAAAGAGGAAACUCAGAAAACCCUUAAGGUUUUGACAACUGAGUUAGGUUUUUGUCUAGACAGUUUCCAAUCUAUGUGUAUUUAUCUAUGUUUAUAUACUAAAUAUUUCGAUAAUUUUAACAAACAUAAAAAAAAACAAAACAAAACUACAAAUAUAUACACCACAAAACAAUAGCAAAAUUUAUAUAAUUUUUUUUCAUAAUUUAUUUAAUAUUUUUUUAGUUAAAUUUUUUUUAUAUACACACACCCACACUUACACACACUUUUUUCCUCGCCUUGUUUUUAAUUUAAUUUUUAACGAAAUCGUCAAAGAAAUUGUACAUUUAUUUAAAAAAUAAUAGAGAAAAAAUAACCAUCAUGAAAUCUGCCUUUUUUUAAUAUAAAUUUACCAUAAUUUGCUUUAAAUUUUUGCUCUACAUUUUUAUUUUAUUAUUUUUUUUAAUUUAAUUUAUCUAUAAAACAAAUUAUUAUAUAUAUAUAAAUUUAUAGAAGCAAACAGAAAAAUACACAUUUGUAAUUAAGUUUUAAAAAUUUGCUAGUUAUAAAUUUGAAUCUAAAAAUUAAAUAAAUCUAAAUUUUAUUAAAACAAAAAAAAAUAAAUUACAAAAAAAAAAUUAAAAACAAAAA